AUGCCUCAGAACUUCCUGAUCACCGCUGCCUCCGGCAAUAUUGGCCGAGAGUUGCUUCCCCUCCUCCAGCCUCUAGAGGGAGCAAGAGUUAUUCUCCCUACAAGCAAUGCUUCUCGUCUUGAGAAAGUCCUCCCACCUCCAAUCGACGGCUCGGCUGAGUUUAUCAUCGAGGAAGGCUCCAUCAGAGAUCCAUCUUGGCUUCAACAACAGCUUGUCAAAUACGAAGUCGACACCGUUUUCCUGUGUCUGACCGGCCAAGAUGAGCUCUUCACAACCAUGAACAUUCUGGACUGCCUUGCCAGAUCGAAAGUCGUUAAACACCUUGUCUAUAUCUCGGCAUGUGUUGACUUCACUACCCCUAAGGGUGUCCAAGAGCUUUUGAGCCAUUGUUCAGCAGGACAUAUUCUGGUCAAAAUUAUCACCGAGCAGAAAUUGUUAUAUGGUAACUUUCCAUACACCUGGACAAUUCUUCGUCCAACACUAUUCUUCUCCAACGACCUCAGAACGAAGAGGUCAAUGCUAGGCGCAAAUGUAUACUCUGAGCCACUCGGUGAGAUGGGAGUCAGUCGUGUGGCACCUUCAGACAUUGCUCUUGCUGUCAAGAAUUCUAUGGUAAACAAUGAGAAAUGGGCCAACAAGCACGUCUGCGUUGGAACGAAGCAGAUCUAUAAGGGAUCUGAAAUUGCGGAGCUGUGGUCCAAGGCAAUUGGAAAGGAAAUCAAGAUGCUUCCAAUCACUGAAGAGGGAUUCGAGAGUUUUGAGAAGCGAAUUGUUCCGUUCACAGGCCCAGAGCAGGGCAGAGAGUUGAGAUUGAUGGUGGAGUCAUUUGCUAGCCGAAAGCUCGAGAUGACUAGCGAGGAAUACAAGGAUCAAGUUGAGCUGCUCGGAAAGGAGCCGGAGUGUUACGAGACUUGGAUUCAAAAGGUGGGUGCUAGUUGGCAAGAGUGA